GUUCUCAGUGAAUGGCAAUUUUCAAACACAGCCGCCAGCAGGUGUUGCAGUUGGCGUCGCGUUGCAUUAACUUUUCAUUGCGGAAAAUUUAAGUGAAAAUGUUUACGCCGAGACAAAAGAGCCACGCCCAAGGCGCUGCCAGCUCGCCGCAUACACCGCUCAGCUUCAGCCGUGAGCUACGUCAGGUUUUGCAGGAGCGAAAUCUUCUGACAGCCAAGUCGCGUAAGAAAGUAUGCUCUAUGCUGGACAGCAACUCGAGCAGCCCCAUCGGCUCGCCCAAUCCGGACGCAGGCAAACGCAUAGGCUUCCGUCUGCAGGCCGUGCAGGAGAUCAUCACGUCGGAGAAGUCCUAUUUGGAGCAGCUGGAGCUGCUGAUGACCUACUUUGUGCGUCCGCUCAAGGAGCAGGCCAUCAUUGAUGCCUCCAAUCAUACGGCGCUGUUUGGACAGAUCGAGAUGAUUCACAACUUGAAUGGCGAGUUCCUGCGCGAGCUGGAGGCCAACAUGGAGAAUGUGGCGCAUGCCUUCCUCAAGAUGGCCCCAUUUUUCAAGCUAUAUUCCGUGUAUGCGUUUGAUUAUCGCGGCGCUUUGUUCAUAUUGCAGGAUUUGAUUAGCAAGAAUCCGGUUUUUCGCAAAUUUCUGGAGGAGACCGAGAGCCGGCCGGAGGUGCAGCGCAAGCUAAACGCGCUCAUGAUUGUGCCCAUACAGCGUGUGCCACGCUACAAGCUGCUCUUGGAGCAGGUGCUGCUCUACACUAGCCCCGCGGAUGCGGACUACAAGCUGCUGAAGGAAUCGGUCAAGGAGAUUGAGGCGACGGCCUCGCACAUCAAUUCCUGCGUGGAGGAGCAGGAGAUAACACAGUAUUUGAUCCAUCUACAAAACUCGCUCGUCAAUCGCACGCCCAACAUUGUGAAGCCCUCGCGUCGGGUCAUCAAGGAGGGCAUGCUCUACAAGAUCACGCACAAGGGUCAGCAGAUCAAGCGCUAUUGUGUGCUCAUGUCGGACAUAUUCAUGUACUGCAAGGUGAUCAAGGAGCGCACGCCCAAUACCCAGGUGGAGAACUCUCUCGAAUGCUGCUGCAUUUUUCCGCUCAAGAAAUGCAAAGUCUAUGAGAUGUUGCCCGGCAACUUCAAGCUGACCUGCCAGAGCGAUGGCAUCAUCUUUGGCAGCGAUGAUCUGCAGGUGGCACGCACCUGGGUGGGCUUCAUACGCGAUGCCAUCGAUCUGCAUGUGCAGUGCCGCAAAACGUUGCGCAAGGACUCCAGCAAACGGACGCCCAUACGCAAGAAGGACAUGAAGAAAUUUGGCGCCGAUUAUGUACUGAGUCCCAACAAACGCAAAUGCGAUUACGAGACUGUGUUUCGCAACAAGAAUCGCAGCACCGAUUCCGAGGAGGAGGCGGAUUUGUCAGGCGCUUACCAAACCAUUUGCUUUCAGCGCAAGCGCAAGUUUCCCAGCGCUGCACCAAAUCCGUCCAAGGUGUCCACAGCAGGCUCGUCGGUGGCUGUCAAGCGUCCAGCGCCGCCGCCGCCCGCAGUGCAGCUGCGUCGUCCACUCAAUACAGAGGAGCAGCUGUCCUCCAGCAAAGAGAAUCGCAUUUCUAGGCUCUACAAAAUGAUUGCCACCGGCGGCGACAAGGCCGGCAAUGUGCGCGGCAUACUCAAGCGCAGCAAACCGAAUCCAGCCCAGCCGCAGGAUACGGAUCCUAGCUAUGGUUUCGCCAGUCGCUACUCCGAUUCCAAGUCCUAUUUUCGUGCGCAUAACGUGGACAAUACCAUACCCACGGCCGUUAAGCGCGAGGAUCUGUUCGAUGCGGAGCUGGGCGAGGGCAACUUUUGUGAUGUGCUCUACCCGCUGCGCUCGAGUGGCGGCUGGACAACGCCCGGCCAGAUGACGCUGAAAUCCAGCCAGGAGGAACAUUUGUAUGCAGCGCCACAAAAGAAGCGCGUUAAGUUUGACGAUACGCUAGAUGCGUACGAACAGAAGCCAUUUGUAUUCCCGAGCAGCUGCAGCAGCGGCAGCAAUGCGGGCGCCACAAAAGCUGCUCCCUCGCUACGCGAGCGUAUUUAUGACUUUUUUGCCAAUCUCUUCUAGAAUUAGUUUAUGCCACAUAUCAUAUCACAAUUUCAAUUCAUUUAUAUACACAAUAAAAGCAUUUACAAUACAAA